UAAUUGGUUAUAUGGCAUUGACUACAGACGUAAUCAGAUUCGCUGCGUAAUACCUACGUUCUUACGAUAAAAAUAUUCAAUCAUAGUAAUUCAUUUAUAACGCAGUUUACGUAUAUUUUUAGACAUUAUUUCCCUGUCUUCGAAAGCGAUUUUAAGAUAAAUCCCGUAAGCAUAAGUCAACCCAACUUUCCUCGACCAUUUUAGCCACAGUGGUCGACUAUGCCGUGUAUCGGUGGCACAUAUAAAUACUUACGUACCACGCUCCUGACGAGACUGCCCGCCGAAACCGAACAGAACGCAGCGACUUAACGCACGCACACCCGAAUUAAAAAAAUAUCCCUAAAAAAUAUACGAAAAUGAACAACGCUGAAUUAUAUCAUAGAAGCAAUAUUUUACAAAAAAGGGAUGCUUUGCAAUGUUUAGAAGAAUAUGGAAAACGAAUUAAAUGGAAAAAUGGCAGGACUAAGAUUAUAGACAUAGGUUGCGGAGAUGGAAGCGUAACGAUGAGUAUACUAAGGAAAUUUAUUCCCAAUAGCUACGAGAGGCUGGUAGGUUGUGAUAUUAGCGAAAACAUGAUACAGUUUGCCAAUGAGCACCACGCGAGUGAUCACACCAGUUUCAUGGUGCUGGACAUCGAGGGCGACUUACCGAACGAGCUUCGAGGAAAUUUUGAUCACGCAUUUUCAUUCUACGCCUUACACUGGAUCAAACAUCAAGAGGUGGCAUUUACAAACAUAUAUGAUCUACUAUCAGAGGGAGGCGACUGCUUUUUAGUAUUCCUGGGUCACAUACCGGUGUUUGAUAUAUACCGCGCUCUUUCGCGGUCCACAAGAUGGAACUUUUGGCUCAAAGAUGUUGAUCGUUUCGUAUCGCCUUACCAUGACUGCCAGGACCCUGAAAAGGAAGUAAAACGAAUGAUGACGUCGAUCGGAUUCACCUCGGUAGAAGUCGAAUGUUUGAAGAAGUCAUUUGUCUACUCUAGCCUGGAUGCCGUUAAAAGAGCCGUAACAGCGAUUAAUCCUUUUAAACUACCAAAAGAUUUAGAAGAAGAUUUUCUAUUAGAUUACAUUAACGUUCUCCGAGACAUGCAUGUUAUAGAUCAUGCAAACAAUAACAUCGACGGACCGAUCAAAGUGGAAUUUAACUACAAUCUCAUUAUUGCGUAUGGAAGAAAAUAGUGUAUUUUUAACGUAAGGGAUUCCUGGUAGUACAAAAUUUUAAUUAGGCUUAUAAAAGCAAAACCUAUUUGUGUAUUACUUAAAAAAAUUUUUUAGUUAUCUUAAAGUACACUACAAAAUUAUAUGACUGUUAUACAAAAACAAAGAAAAUAAUUAUAUUUUCACUAAUUUAUAUGGUCGCAAGGGAGGGUGUAAUAUAAAUAAUUUAAAAAUCAAAUUCAUCUUAAUAUUAUUAUAAUUUUACAAUAAACUUCAGUGUAAGUUAAUGCAACAUGUUAUUCGUAAUUUGUUUUGUUUUUUUGUAAAUUUUAAUAAUUAAGUGGUUAAAGAUUUUCUUAUAUUUAA